AUGGCGGAAGCUGUCCACUGUGGAAAUCUACAUGAUGGUGAAAACCUUCAUGAUUGUUUGGAUCAUUAUAACUCAGCACAAAAACUCGUUCCAAACCUUAGAAAUAAGGAAAAGUAUGUAGUAAACUACAGAAACUUAAAACAAUACCUCUCACUCGGAAUGAAACUCACAAAAGUCCACAGAGUGUUAACCUUCGAGCAGGCGCCAUGGUUGAAGACUUAUAUAGAUUACAACACGGAAAAAAGGAAACAAUCUCGAAACAAUUUCGAGAAAGAUUUCUAUAGAUUAAUAAACAACAGCGUGUUUGGCAAGACAAUGGAGAACUUAAGAAAGAGAAUGGACGUCAAUCUUGUAAAUAGUGAGAAGAAGGCAAUGAAACUUUCAUGCAAACCCACAUUUGAAGAGUUCAGAAUUUUCUCUGACGAUUUAGUCGGUGUUCACAUGCUUAAGGCAAAGUUGUUUUUGAAUCGACCAAUCUACGUCGGAUUCAGCAUUCUUGACAUCUCAAAAAUAUUGAUGUAUGAUUUUCAUUAUAAUUACAUCAAGCAGAAAUUUGGAUCUAAUGCUCGUCUUCUCUUUACCGAUACCGAUAGUCUAGCAUAUACCAUUCAGACAGAUGACUUCUACCAACAUAUGCUAGAGGACAGUGAUUUAUUCGAUACAUCAGAGUUCAGGAAUGACAAUCCACUCUACAGUAUAAAAAAUAAGAAAGUACUGGGCAAAAUGAAAGAUGAGACUCAUUGCGAUGGGAUCCAUGCCUUUGUUGGGUUCAAAUCAAAGAUGUAUGCAUAUACAUACAAUACAAUGGAAGAUAUUGGUGGAACAGAAGUAAUAACACAUCAAAUCAAAGAAGGCAAAAGGUCUCAAAAAGUAUGUUAUUGA